AUGGUGUGGUUCCCGCUGGACAAAGAGGCAUGCGAGCUCGUGCUCGGACCUGAAGCUGCACAGCACGUGCAUGCAGUGCUUCGUGGAUCCAACACGAGAAGGAGUGGCAAGCACAGUCUCCUGGACGAGCUGGCUUGCUUUGUUGGAAAUUCUGCAGAAAUCCAACGAAAGCAACGGAUCACAUCGUCGGAUCUUCGGAAGGCCUUCAAUAAAAUCAAUAAAACGAAGAAGAACCAGCUCAAGGGCGUCUUCAAAGACUUCAUUGUUCUGAGCUGCCGUCGAGAAGUCGAUCUGGUGAAGCUGAAAAAGAGUGCAAGACCCUUCGUGGGCGCAUAUUCCAAUCGUAUCAAGACGUGGAUUGACGAUCUGGUACAGUCCAAGGGAAGGGGCAUAGCUUCGGUCCUGGCAGUUCAUGCCGAACAGGACAUUGAGAUCGACGCGACAGAAGCGCCCAGCGGAGCCAAGGACAUUGAGAUCGACGCGACGGAAGCGCCCGGCGGAGUCAAGGCUCUGGGAGUUUUUUUCGACUGGGGCUCUGGGGCGAGUAUGGAGCAGACCCAGAUUCCGAAGCGGAGCACUUUCACAGUAAGCGCAGCUGGAGACGAAGUCUUGUACUUUCUCGCUCUGGGUCUUUGCAGGACGAAGGUGACCAGCAUCUGCAAGGAGCUGGGCAUCCCGCUGCGGGGCCCGAAUCCAGGCGCAGAGGAGUUGGGCCAGGCAUGCGAAGCCCUGGGCCUGAAGUCGGAUCUUCCCAUGUGGGACUGCAUCAAGCAGUGCAGGGAGAAGAUCGGCCAAGGCACCGUGCUCCCCAUGCUCCUCCAGGAGAAGUUGAAGCUGGUGCAUGGAGCACUUCCUUCAAGCAAGCCGGAAACGGAGUGGCACUGUACAGCGGAGUCGUUGAAGGAGGCUGCCGAGAUGUGCGGAAUCUCCAUUGGAUGGUUCACCCGGGACAACUGGCAUACAGUCAUGGACCUGUGCCUUGAGUUUCUUGGGAAGGCAGACAAGGAAAAGCAGACCGAGCUUGCCCCCGAGCUAGCAGCAUCUAGUAGCGACGAGAGCAUCAGGUGCAGAUCCUUCGCGACGAGCUGCAGAUUCGGAGCGAGGAACACGUGUGGCAUUCUUGGGAAGCCUUUCAAGGCGAGCCGCGGUACCACGCCACGCUGCACUACGCAGGCUGAAGAGCUCAAGAGGCUUGUGGGCAGUGCCCUGUCUUCUUUGGAGAGGAGCAGUGCUUUCAGGCUUCCUUUGAUGAAGAAGGUCGAGGUGCUCGAGCAGUGGUCUGGCUUACAGGUAGCCGGUGGCAAGACCCUCCCCGAACGCUUGGCGCAAGUUCGCAAGAAGGUGGGGCGAAAGGAAGACACGCCCACCUUGCAUCAGCAGGCCGACCGAUGCCUGGCUCAAUCAGCCGCUGCUGGAAUAGAAGUGGAGGAGCAGAAGUUUCGGGCGGAGUGCAACGAGUUCGAAGGCAAGUUUCAGGCGGACAGUCAGCUCACGGACUGGCUCUUGAAGUUGGAGGUACUCCACGAGAAGUACAAGCAUGCCGGAUGGCAGGAGUCCUUCAAACGAGUCCGGAGCCGUUUCAUGGAAGUCUUUAAGAACAUAAUCGAGGAGCUCAUCUAUGCAACCAAGGAAUCCUCCUGUGAAGACUUCUUUGAAAAGCUCGCCGCUGCUUUGUCCAUGUCGGGUGCAGCGAGCGGAGCCAGCGAGACCAAAGGCAGCGGCUGGCCUCGUAAAGAACUUCGACAACAGCGCCAGCGGCUUUGCCAAGCUUUGAAUGAUGCCCAUCGUGUUCUGGGUAGCCAGGAUGCUGCUGCAGCAUCUGGGAACGCCACGCAUCUCUAUCGUGCAAUCAAGGCUGCUGCAGACAGACAACCGGCUUUGCAGGGUCUGUUGAAGGGUCUACGUUUCGACUAUGAGGAGGAGUUGAAGAAGCAUGACAAGGAUCAGGCCUGGCUGGAGGAGCAGGUUGAGAAGGUGGCCAUGGCUGGAGAGAGCAUCACGCAAGCGCUGAGGGAGGACCGCACAGGGGACGUGGAGGUCCACUGGGAUGGCUUCUGGAAGUUGACGGAAGACAGUCCGGAGCCGGCCUUCGACCAGAUGGAGGCAGUUCUUGACGCUCUGCUAGAGUACAUGCGGAGCAAGCGCUGCCGCCUCGACGAGCACGUUGACAAGGUGGAGCUGAAGGAGGCUGCGGACUGCUUGCAGCAGCUUGAGCAGGUGAGUGGGCUCCUUGAUGGAGGCUGGAGGCGCAAGCUGGAGUGCCUCGGGCCGCGCUUGACCAGACCCUUAGAGAAAGCGGCCCAGAUCCCGCCCGAGCUGGCGAAGUUGGAGCAUUUGCGCGACGAGCUUGUCCCUAAGGCCAGGAACAUCUUGCGCAGCAGAGUCGAGGAGUGGAUGAGAUCAGGCUCAGACCAGUACUCCGACCUAGCUCAUCUCUUUGAUCAGUUUGACCACCUUGCCAGCCUCGGUACGAAGCGCACCUCCAACAAGCUCUCACCGACAUGGUGCAAGAAGGUGGUGGAGAGGCAACGCCAACUGGAAGUUGAGGCCGGAUUGUCGUGGGAAGACGGAGAGGUGCCUUUCAAGGUUUUGAGGGAGCUUGUGUCCAUGGAGGAGAGUCUUGGAAACCACAUCCCAGAGCUUGGAAGCAAGCGUGCUGAAUGGAAGAACUCAGUGAAGAAGGUGAUCACAAGGUACGGCGAACUAGCCGACGACAGCUUGGGGAAGUGGCGCAAGGACAAGACAGGCGAAACCGUGAUCGUGGACCUUGCCAAAGCUCUCACCAAGUUGACCCAAAUCAAUCUGAACCUUCCUCGGAGUGCUUUCGACAUUGCCAUGCAGGACGCAAAGAUGAAGGUCAAAACGAUCUUGGAGGCGUGCUCAGCAUGUCCCCGGUUCUACGUCUUGAUUUGCAAGCUGGGUGAAGCCCUGCAGAGCGAGGGCCUGGCAACGGAGGACAGAACAACCGGCGCAUGGAUUUUCAAGAAUUACCCGCAGUUCCGCGAGUGGCGAACAAGAGACUUCAAUCAGAGGGCCAUGACAAAGCCGAAGGCGGACAUCCUGAAGGAGUGGAGCCUGCCCGAGGCUGACAAAAAGGCCCUCGACACAGGAUACGACAUGUACCAGACGGUCCACGAUGAGAUCUUAGAUCGCUGGGAGGGUGGAGCUUCACUUGAAGAGCUUGCAGAAGAAACCAUCGCACUGGCCCGCAGCAUGCCAUCGAGCUCUGCUAAAUGGACAGCGUCAUCAACGCAGCAGUUGUGUGAACUUCUGGGUCAUGUCUCUGCGAUGUACAGCAUGACUACGUGCGGUGAUGCAUACAAGCACUUCAAGGAAAAUCCCGAGGCAGCCUCUGAUGGACAGGUGGAGGGCCGGCAGCUACUGAAGCGACUGCAUCCGAGUCAGGUGUUCGCCUGCCUUCGCUUGCUUGGCUGUAGCAGUGCAGGAGAACUUCGCAGCCAUCUGAUGCAGGUGAGCACUGGCGAGGGCAAGUCCAUUAUUCUUGGUUGCCUUGCAUGCGUGCUCGGCCUGCUCGGGAAGAAAGUGAGUGUAGUCUGCUACUCCCCGUACUUGAGCCAGCGGGAUCAACAGGAAUUUCUCCCGCUCUUCGAGUGCUUUCAACUGCAAGACGCCGUAAGCUACGACACGAUCAUCGGCUAUGUUGAGAAGAAGGUUCCUGACAUGCGCGGGCACACAGAAAGCCUUCUGUCCAGGGAGGAGUGCAGUGACAGAGCUUUGCCCGAAAGAAGUUCAGAGGACUCUGAGGAAGUCUUGCUUGUGGAUGAGGUGGACGUGUUCUUCGGUGAGGGCUUCCUUGGUGAUACCUUCAACCAAGUUGCCCAGGUGGAGGCCUACGACCUGCUGAAGCGUGUGUGGGAUCUGAAAGACCGCGACCCGAGCCGCUUGUUGGAAGAGCUGAAGAAGAGCGCGGAGUAUGCCAGCCUGAAGCAGCGGCUGGGCUCACAGUGGGAUUUCGUGCUCAAGGGCGAGGUUGAACGGAUGUGUGCGCAGCUUCAGGAGUUUCAGACUUCCGGUCAGCCUCAACCCUGCCAUUUCGACGAAGACGAACAGAGGAUUGGCUAUCUCCAAGAUGACACCGUAAACUAUGACGUUUCGUUUGGCUACAUGACUAUUUUUGAAUACCUGCGACUUAAUCAACAGGGGCGGCUCAGCGACGAGUCGCUGAAGAAAGUCUUGAAGCUUCAGGUCCUCUGUGCUCGGUAUUCCUAUGCGAAUUUUGAUCUUCCCAACACCAUCCUCGGUGUCUCCGGCACAGUGGGUGAUUUGACCGCUGACUGGUGCAACAUUCUGCAAGAAACGUUCGGCGUUGAUCCCCACGAGCACAGCCUCAUGCCGUCCGUUUUCGGAGAGUCAAAUCUGCUGUUCUUGGACGGCACUGACCGGCCGAUCCUGAUCUGCGAUGGCAAUGACCUUCACCUGGAGAUUGCCAAGGCCAUCAUCAAACAGCUGGACGAGGGUCGGGCGGUGCUGGUCUUCUUUGAAGAUCAGAAUGCUCUUGAUACUUUCUUCAAUUCUGAGCAAUGCCGACAGCUUCGCUCGAAACUAGAGUGCCUGAGUGAGCUGACCUGCGCGGAUGAUCGGACCAGAAUCGUCUUCCAUGCUGCGACUAAGGGGCACGUGACUCUCUGCAGUUCUGCUUUCGGCCGUGGAACAGACUUUAUCAGCUCUGAUUCGCAGCUCAUCGAGAACGGUGGCGUGCAUGUGAUCCAGACGUUUUUCUCUGUAGAUAAGGCUGAGGAGACGCAAGUCAAGGGCCGCACCGCAAGGCAGGGUCAGCCGGGAAGCUACUCCAUGAUCCUUAGCAAGCAGGGCCUGGAGAAGCAAGGGAUGGAAAGCAUACCGCAAGGAUCUCCGUCCGAGAUUUACGAGGCUUUUGAGAAGUUCCGGGAGCAGCAAGGACGGGAGUGGAAGGUGCAGAUGGACCUAAAGCUACAGAGUGCGAAACGGUGGCACCAAAAGACGCACGAUUAUGCCGUGGCGACUGGGAAGUCUGGAAGCGCGAAGGCCUUCAGGGCGCUGUACACAGCAUCGGUCGGGAGUGGACAGCGCAGGCGAAUCGUUUUCGUCUGUGAUGCUACCGGAUCUAUGUGCCGCUUUUGGGCCGGAGCUCGUCAAGCGAUCGGAACGGCCUUGUCGCGCCUCGAACAGAUCGGUGGCGACUACGACUUCAUGUGGAUUGCCUACAGGGACUACUGUGAUGAAGACCUGAUGGAGAAGAGCUGUUGGACUCGUGACGCCGACGAGUUGAAGAGGUUCAUGGAUGGUAUCAUUUGCUACGGGGGAGGACGUUUGACAUUGGGGGAGGCCCUGGAGGUGGGGUUAGAACAAGCCAGGAUCGAGCAUGAGAAAGAUCCCAUCUCAGGGGUCAUCGUGGUGGGCGACGAACCGGCCAGAGACGAGGUCACGGAGGAGGAGGACUUUGUGCAAGAGAUGCAAACCGACUUCCGCUCGGAGUCGCAGAAGCUCCGUGACCAAGGCAUCCCUGUUUACAGCUUCAGGGUGGGCGACUGCCGUGCAACGAAGAGGACCUUCGAGACCAUUGCGGAGAUGACCGGCGGGGAGUUCCAUGACCUGAACACGCAGAGCGACAGCUUGGUGCAGGCGAUCUGCACUUUCUCCUUGACGGCGGCGGGUGACGCGGAGCUGCUGGCUGAGUACAAAAAGCGCUAUGAGAGUUGA